AUGCUUGGUUCAAUGAAAGAAAAUAGUUUGCGGGACACUGGCGCCGGAGCGAGAGGCCGUGCCAUGGACGGCGGCGGCGCGGCGAGCAGCGCGGCCGAGGGCUCUUCUGCAGCGCCGGUGAGCGCUGGCGCGUCGCCCUCCGCCUCCGCCUCUGCCUCCGCCUCCGCCUCUGCUUCCGCCUCCGCCUCUGCCACCGCCUCCGCCUCCGUCUCCAGCUCCGCCUCCCCGGCCGCGCCGGCGCGCCGGUCCAUGGGCACCGCAUCUUCGCGCUCCCGGGAAUUUUUUUUCAAAUCUUCAAUCCAUAAAAAAAAAUUGGAGGUAUCCCUUCUGGCAUGGAAGUGCUCCAUUGCCGGGAGCGCUGCCUCGGCGUCGGCGUCGGGCUUGGAGCUGUACGAGUCGGAGAGCGGCCAGGAGCUGACGCUGUCUCCGCAGGCGUACGCCGCGUCGGCGGAGGCCUUCAUCAACGACAACUCGGAUAGUCUAGGUGUGAACGGCGACGCCGAAGCUGCAGGAGCGUGUCCGGACGUGAACACCAAGGGCUGCAGCGCAGAGACAGCGCGCCUCGCAGUGAAAAAGCCGCGCCCCAAGGCGGCCUCCCCGAACCGGCAGGGCCCGCAGCAAUGCCAGGUGUGCGGCAAGGUGUUCGGCAACGCAUCGGCGCUCGCCAAGCACAAGCUGACCCACAGCGACGAACGGAAGUACGUGUGUGGAGUGUGCGGGAAGGCGUUCAAGAGACAGGACCAUUUGAACGGCCACAUGCUGACCCAUCGCAACAAGAAGCCCUACGAGUGUAAGGCCGAGGGCUGCGGCAAGUCGUACUGCGACGCACGCUCUCUUCGGCGGCAUACCGAGAACCACCACGCCACGGGCGCCGGCGCC